AUGCCACUCAGCCUAAUUGAGACUCGCUCUAUGCGACGGCAAAAGGAAAGCGAUAUGCGUUACCGACAAGCAGCAGCCCACCGACAAUCACCAGCCAAGUGCCCGUUCUCGAUGAUGGGCCUGCCCCCUGAGCUUCGACUCAUGAUCUAUCGACACUCCCUAACUCCGAAGAGCUCAAAGUUCCUGGUGCACUUUCAAAAAGACGGUUUCCAACAUCACAAUGAUGAGCUUGAGCACAUCUCCCGCGUGUGGCCGAUGAAUUUGAUGCUCGCCUCGAAGAAAAUUCACCGCGAAAUGAGAGAUACCUGGAGCUGGUUCGUCAAGAUCUCGACCUUUGUCUUUCUCAUCGACUUCUCAUCCUCGGAGGCCAUCGAGCGCGGCCACGAGUUGAUGACGAAGACUUCAUCACGGCUUCUGGACAAUCCGCCAUUCUCAUCGUACCCUGGCGCCCCGGAUAUCAAGAUUGGCCUUCAUACUAUCACGACUGUGUCCACGACUACCGAGACGACGUACGAGGACAACCUGCUACGGUGGGCUCGUAUGCUCCGCGACGGCAAACUCAAGGUUGAACGCAUCAGCCUAGAAAGCCACUUUGCGACUGGAAGCACCGGCCAAUUGACCGACGUCCUUCAGACGGAGGAUAUAGAAGCGAUUCGAGAGAAGGCUAGACGGCUUGCAAUCGCCAACCCUGACGCACCGGAGAAAAAUCUCAAAGCCAUCAUAGCUUUCGUCAAGGAGAUCCACAGGGCUAAUAAGUCGACUCGGCUGCAGAUCCUGCAGUCACUCGGUCUAGCAUAG